AUGGGGACCAAAAUCGCUAGCACCACCUCGUGUUCAUCCCCCUCCACAACUGAGUCUGACCACCAUGGUGGUGGCGGGCACAUCUUGGUCCUGCCGUACCCGGGAUUGCAGGGCCAUACCAACCCGAUGCUCCAGUUUGGCCGCCGCCUCGCCUACCACGGUCUCCGCCCCACCCUCGUCACCUCGCGGUACGUGCUCUCCACCACCCCGCCCCCAGGUGAGCCCUUCAGGGUGGCCGCCAUCUCUGACGGCUUCGACGAUGGCGGCGUAUCAUCCUGCUCUGACCCCGCCGAGUAUUGGCGCCAUCUUGAGGCCGUCGGCUCGGAGACGCUAGCGGAGCUGAUCCGCUCCGAGGCCGCUGAGGGGCGGCCCGUGCGCGUGCUGGUCUACGACCCGCUCCUGCCGUGGGCGCGGCGGGUGGCACAGGCUGCCGGGGUGGCAGCACCGGCGUUCCUGUCGCAGCCAUGCUCCGUCGACGUCGUCUACGGGGAGGUGUGGGCGGGGCAGCUGCCGCUGCCGGUGGUGGACGGGAAAGAGCUGUUUGCACGAGGGCUGCUAGGUGUCGAGCUCGGGCCCGACGACAUGCCGCCAUUCGUGGUGAAGCCGGACUGGUGCCCUUUGUUCCAUCGGGCGUCGCUGCGGCAAUUCAAGGGGAUGGAGGACGCCGAUGACGUGCUCGUCAACUCAUUCCACGAGAUCGAACCCAAGGAGGCAGAUUAUAUGGCACUAACAUGGCGCGCAAAGAUAAUAGGCCCAACGUUGCCAUCAUUUUAUCUUGAUGAUGACCGUUUGCCGUUGAACAAGACUUAUGGUUUCAACCUCUUCAACAGCAGCGAGUCAUGUCUGGCUUGGCUUGACAAGCAGCUUCCAUGUUCUGUGGUUCUUGUAUCCUAUGGUACUGUCUCUGAUUAUGACGAAGCACAGUUAGAAGAGCUUGGCAGUGGAUUGUACAAUUCUGGCAAACCAUUCAUUUGGGUUGUGAGGUCAAAUGAAGAACACAAGCUGUCCAAUGAACUCCGUGACAAGUGCAAGGAAUGCGGCCUUAUUGUUUCUUGGUGCCCUCAGCUCGAAGUUCUAGCACAUAAAGCCACAGGUUGUUUCUUCACACAUUGUGGAUGGAACUCGACACUAGAAGCAAUUGCUAAUGCUGUGCCAAUGGUGGCAAUACCACAGUGGGCAGACCAGCCGACCAUAUCAAAAUACAUGGAGAGCAUGUGGGGCUUGGGUGUCCGGGUGCGCAGAGAUGAGAAAGGCUUGGUGACGAGGGACGAAGUGGAAAAGUGCAUCAAGGAUGUUAUGGAUGGGGAUAGAAAGGAUAAGUAUAGGAUGAAUGCCACUAUGUGGAUGCAAAAGGCCAAGGAAGCCAUGCAGAAUGGAGGGAGCUCGGACAAGAAUAUUACUGAAUUCGCAGCAAAGUAUUCAUCAAAUAAGUUUUCAAAGAUAGUGCAUUAG